AUGGGCAUCAGCAACAGAACUUCCCACUUUCGCGCUAAAUUCCCUUUGGGCAAAGUUCCAGCAUUUGAAGGCCCAAACCAAACGGUGCUUUUUGAAUCAGAUGCCAUUGCUCAGUUUGUCGCCGAGAGUGGUCCCAAUGCCCAACAGCUGCUAGGUGAUCAUGCCAUCGAACGCGCCUCCAUCCGACAGUGGGUCUGCUUUGCUGACCACGAGAUCAUGGAGCCGGUGACCAAGUUGGUGAUGUGGAGGGUGGGGUUAGCUCCCUUCGACGCGGCUGUCGAAGCGCAGUCCAUGACGACACUUCGUCGGGCAUUGCAGUGUCUUGAAAGGUGCUUGAAGGACCGGCAGUGGAUCGCUACAGACGGUCAACCAAGCCUGGCGGACCUCUCGCUGGCGGGUGCUCUGUACUGGGCUUUUAUGCAGGUCAUUGACACUGAGAUGCGAGAGGAAUUCCCAAUGGUGACUGAUUGGUUUCGAAAUGUCGUUGCCCAGAAGGAGAUUCGCUCCGUUUUUCAAGAUGUGACAUUUGUUGAUAAGAGACAAGAACACUCGUAG